AUGCUCAACAACCUCAAGCUUCAAGCUAAUAUAAUCCAGACUAUUGCGAAAGACUUACAUGGCAAUGCGACCGAUACAUUUUGGGUGGGAACCGCCUACCUACUCCCGUGUGCAUCCCUUCAACCUUUCCUGUGCGCCCUAUCCGAUGUAUACGGCCGUCGAUUCAUCCUUCUUUCAGCGAUUACAUUGUUCGCAAUCGGCUCAGUUGUCGGAUCAGUUGCCCAGAAUAUGGCGACAAUUCUAGCUGGUCGGACCAUUCAAGGAAUCGGUGGUGGUGGCCUCAUCCCUCUGCCUAUGAUUGUCAUGACCGAUCUAUUCCCCUUGCGCGAGAGACCCAAGUAUACCGCCUACAUCCAGCUAUUUUCAGCCAUCGGUAUCAUCAUCGGCCCCGUAAUGGGAGGUCUGUUUACUGAGCAUGCUGCAAAUCAUGGUGGAUGGCGCUGGGUCUUUUACGUCAACUUCCCAUUCUGUCUGAUCGCGUUCCUCGCUCUUUUCUUCGCCCUUCGGAAGAUGAAAGUGACACGCGAAAGCUAUCGCAAUAUCGAUUGGCUUGGAUCGUUCUUUUUCACAUCGAGCAUGGUAUCCUUCUUGAUGGGACUUUCCUGGGGUGGUACCCUCUACAAAUGGAACAGCUACCGUACCGUGCUUCCUCUGUCUCUGGGGGCCGUCGGAAUUGUCUGUACUGUCAUCUGGGAGUGUUAUGGGGCACGCUGGCCGUUCUUGCCUCUUUCUGUUCUCAAAAGCCGUGCGUCGAUUGCCGUCUACCUAUCGUCUCUGGUUCAAGGAAUAUCGAUGUUCGGCAUUCUCUAUUACAUCACUUUCUACCUGGAGGUAGUACAAAGACUCUCUCCAACCAAGACUGGAACCGAGAUUCUGGCACUGUCUGCGACAAUGGUUCCAUCCGGUCUGAUAACGGCACUGUUGAUUUCAAAAUUCGGCAAAUACAAAUGGGCCCAAUGGAAAGGUUGGGUUGUGGCCGCUCUUGCCACAGGUCUCCUUUGCAUGUUGGAUGAAAAGACGAAGAAGGGCUUCUGGAUCGGCGCCCUGGUGCUACUAGGACUUGGGCAUGGAAUUCUUUUCAACAGUAUCCUGUUUGCAGCACAAGCUGUUGUACCAGCGAAGAACGUCGCAUAUGCCGCCACCCUCUACACGUUCUUCCGCACUAUGGGGUACGCUGUCGGGGUCGUUGUUGGGGGUACGACACUUGAAAAUGUCACGUCGGAUUACCUGAAAGAUCAUGGCUUCCCCGCACAGAAAGCACAGGACAUAUCCUCUCAUAUUGGGCCCUCGGAGGGCCUAUCCGCUGGAGCUGGACACGAAGACGUUAUCAUACAGUCUUACGUGCACGGCAUUCGCGGAGUCUUCGUGGCACUUACAUGCUUGGCAGGUCUUGGUCUGGUUACCACCUUUUUCGUGCCCCAAGCCAGUAUGGAUCAGCCUCUGGAGUCUGACCAUCAUCUGGAACUGCUACGCCUAGGUUCAAACCCUUCAUCUCCCACAUUUGGAGUCACGAGAUCCGAGUCGAACCUGACGGUGCAUUCAAUUCACGGAAAGCCCGAGAAUGCCGUUGAGUUGCAUCGAGUUGUCUGA